AUGCCUUUCAGUAGAUAUGUCGAAGUUGGACGUGUUGUCCUUGUCAACUAUGGCCCAGAGACUGGAAAGCUCGCCACCAUCAUUGAUAUUGUUGACCAAAACAAGUGUUUGAUUGACGGACCAGAAGAAAUCACCGGUGUUUCUCGACAAGUCAUCCCUUUCACCAGAAUCGCCCUUACAGACUUCACCGUUAAGAUCCAACGCAAUGCACGCACCAAGACUUUGAAGAAGGCAUGGGAAGAGGCUGACACAAUGAACAAAUGGGAGGCCUCAAGCUGGGCCAAGAAGCUUUCCGCCAAGAAGAAGCGAGCAAGCCUCAGUGACUUUGGACGAUUCAAGGCCAUGGUUGCACGAAAGCAAAAGAGUGAAAUUAUUUCCAAGAAGAUGACUGAGCUUGGAGCUUAA